AUGAACGUCUUCGCCGCACUCGCCCUCGCCCUCGCCUUCCUGGCCGAAGGCGCCGUUCUGCCGGGCGUGGCCCCGUCGAAUUCGUCGGCGACAAAGGGCGAGACGUUUACGCUCACGCAAGUGCGCAAUCAGAAAUUUCGUGGGCACGAUGCCUCCAUCGCAUUCAUGAAGGCGCACUUGAAGUAUGCGCCGGCGCUGCCGUCACAGCUGUCCAACGCGAUCAAGGUCAACUCGCAGCUGAAGGCCAAGUUUGUGGCCAUAACGAAGAGCAGUAUGCCAGACCUUGCCUGUCGGCCGAGCCUCGUCCGUCCUCACGUUUUGCUGACCUCGCGGGGCAGGCGAUGGGCAAACGGCGUCGGUCCUGGCGGCACCAUCGCCCGGCGUCGACUCCGAAUACACGAUACCGGUGCAGAUCGGGACGCCGGCGCAGUUGAUACUGUUAAACUUGGACACGGGAUCGUCCGACUUGCUAACGUGACAUGUGCCGUCGUCGUCGGCAGCUGGACCUUUUCCACCGACACGUACGGGCCCUCGGUCCGCGGUCAAUGGAUCUACAAGCCCCAACGGUCGACGACGAGCAAGCUGCGGGUCGGCGAGAGCUGGCAAGUGCGGUACGCCGACGGCGCGUCCGCCUCGGGCAUCGUCUACCAGGACACGGUGCGGGUCGGGGCGACGUCGGUGUCGAGGCAGGUGGUGCAGGCGGCGGUGCAGGUGUCGGACGACAUCGCCGCCGACGUCUUCUCGUCCGGCAUCCUCGGCAUGGCGAACAACGGAAUCAACACGGUGCGGCCGAACCCGGCGCGGACCUACUUUGACAACGUCAAGGACAAGCUCGCGAAGCCGCUCUUCACCGCGGACCUGCACCGGCAGCGGGUCGGGAGCUACAACUUUGGUUACAUCGACGCCAAGGCCCACACGGGAGGGAUCCAGUACGCCAAGAUCGACAGGCACUCACCCUUCUGGAAGGUCGCCGUCUCGGGCUUCCAGGUCGGUUCCAGGGCCGGCAAGUACCAGAACUUUGGCUUCAAGGCCAUCGUCGACACGGGCACGUCGCUGCUGCUGCUGCCGCAGAACGUCGUCGACGAGUACUACGACGCCGUCGACGGCGCCGGCAUGGACCGGAAGCAGGGCAUGAUGGUGUUUCCCUGUAAGGCCAGGGCGCCCGACUUUGUCUUUGGCAUCGGCGGCUACCGCGGCGUCGUGCCGGGCGACUUUAUGAAGUACGCCAACGUGAACUCGACGCACUGCUUCGGCGGCAUCCAGACGUCGGGCAACAUCGGCUUCUCCGUCUUUGGCGACAUCCUGAUCAAGGCCCAGUUUGUCGUCUUCGACCAGGGCAACAUGCAGGUCGGAUUCGCCAACAAGAAUGCGGCGUAG